CAACCUGCGCUGGCUCAGCGCUCCUCUGUCUUGGGGAGGAAGGGGUAGCGUCCGUGGUCCCCGGCGUGCUCCGGACUGCUGGAUCAGAUCAGGAGGCGCCCGCAGCGGGUGGCAGGAGAGUCCCCCCCCUCGCGGGUGGGGGCGGGGUGGGGAAGGAGGCAGGGAGGCAGCUGCAGUGCCGCGAGGGGUGCGUGUGCAUGUGCCAGGCUCGCCCGCCGCCUCCCGGCUCCGUGUGCGCUCCCGGGCGCGUGGGCAGCGGGGCCGAAGGGCUGGGUGGCAGGAGCAGCGCCCCUCGCCCGGGCCUCGCCUCCCCGGCUCGCCCGGCAGCUCCCGGCCGGGACGCACCCCGACCUCGCUCGGCGCCCCCACCCCUCGUACCCAGUCCGGUCCCUCUCGGUUGAGUUUUCCGGACGCGGCGCCCAUCCAUGGUCCUGCGCUGGGAUGCACACGCAGCUCACGGCCGAAGGGGGGUAGCAGCCGCCGCGUCCAGGUGCCGGCUAUCCCCGGCCGCCGCCACCCGCCAUCGCCGCCACCACUCAGCCCCGGGGCGCGCCGAGGUCCCACUGGCCAUGGGGCUGCCGCCUCUGCCGCUGCUGGCGUGAGAAGGAGCGACAGACACGCAGCGCUCAGGGCCCCCGGCUGCCUGCAUGGACGUCUUCAGCUUUGUGAAGCUUGCCAAGCUCUCGAGCCACAGGACGAAGUCUUCAGGCUGGCCACCUCCCUCGGGAACCUGGGGCUUGAACCAGGUGCCCCCCUAUGGAUGGGAGAUGAUGGCGAACAGGGAUGGCCGAGACUGCUUCAUCAACCACAUGACACAGGCAAUCCCAUUUGAUGAUCCUCGGUUUGAGAGCUGCCAAAUCAUCCCUCCGGCCCCGCGGAAGGUGGAGAUGAGAAGGGACCCUGUGCUGGGAUUUGGUUUCGUGGCAGGCAGUGAAAAGCCAGUGGUUGUCCGCUCAGUAACACCAGGUGGCCCCUCCGAAGGCAAGCUGAUCCCAGGAGACCAGAUCGUCAUGAUUAAUGACGAGCCGGUCAGCGCCGCGCCGAGAGAGCGGGUCAUCGACCUGGUCAGGAGCUGCAAAGAAUCGAUACUUCUCACUGUCAUUCAGCCUUACCCAUCUCCCAAAUCGGCAUUUAUCAGUGCUGCGAAAAAGGCGAGGUUAAAGUCCAAUCCAGUCAAAGUGCGCUUCUCCGAGGAGGUCAUCAUCAACGGCCAAGUGUCGGAAACUGUUAAGGAUAAUUCACUUCUUUUUAUGCCGAAUGUUUUGAAAGUCUAUCUGGAGAAUGGGCAGACCAAAUCAUUUCGCUUUGACUGCAGCACCUCCAUAAAGGAUGUCAUCUUAACCCUUCAAGAGAAGCUGUCCAUCAAAGGCAUCGAACACUUCUCCCUCAUGCUGGAGCAGAAGACAGAAGGGGCUGGAAGCAAGCUGCUGUUGCUUCAUGAACAGGAGACUCUAACUCAGGUGACGCAGAGGCCCGGCUCCCAUAAGAUGAGGUGUCUUUUCCGAAUUAGCUUUGUCCCAAAGGAUCCCAUUGACCUUUUAAGAAGAGAUCCAGUUGCUUUUGAGUAUCUCUAUGUUCAGAGUUGUAAUGAUGUUGUUCAGGAGCGAUUUGGGCCGGAGCUGAAAUAUGACAUUGCCCUGAGGCUAGCCGCCUUACAGAUGUACAUCGCCACCGUGACCACCAAGCAAACACAGAAGAUCUCCCUCAAGUACAUCGAAAAAGAAUGGGGAUUAGAAACUUUUCUUCCCUCGGCUGUGCUGCAAAGCAUGAAAGAGAAGAACAUAAAGAAAGCACUUUCACACCUUGUCAAAGCAAAUCAAAACUUGGUACCACCCGGGAAAAAGCUCUCCGCACUGCAAGCCAAGGUCCAUUAUCUCAAGUUCCUCAGUGACCUUCGAUUGUAUGGGGGUCGAGUGUUCAAGGCAACAUUAGUGCAGGCAGAAAAACGCUCAGAAGUGACUCUCCUGGUGGGACCCCGAUACGGCAUAAGCCACGUCAUCAACACCAAAACCAACCUGGUGGCUCUAUUGGCCGACUUCAGUCAUGUCAACAGGAUUGAAAUGUUCACCGAAGAGGAGAGCUCGGUAAGGGUGGAGCUCCAUGUGCUAGACGUGAAGCCUGUCAUCCUCCUGAUGGAAUCAUCAGAUGCCAUGAACCUGGCCUGCUUGACAGCUGGAUACUACAGACUACUUGUGGAUUCCAGAAGGUCGAUAUUUAACAUGGCCAACAAGAAGCCUGCAGGGACACAGGAAACAGGAGCUGAAAAUAAAGGGAAGCAUAACCUCCUUGGCCCAGAUUGGAACUGUAUACCCCAAGUGACCACCUUCAUUGGUGAAGGGGAACCAGAAGCCCAGAUUACCUACAUAGAUGCAAAACAGAAGCCAGUCGAGAUCACAGAUGGCACCUUAUGUGCGAAAGACCACCGGCACCUGUAUUUGGACAACACCUAUAAUGCCAACGACCUCACCCAGCCACUGGCCCCACCAGGAGAGGCUCCAUGCGAGGCUAACUACAGAAGUCUCGCUCAGCGCUCCCUGAUGACCCUUGCAGGGCCAGAAACACUGCAGAAAGCCCAGGAGUCUCCCAGAGGAGCGAAAGUGUCCUUCAUCUUUGGAGAUCUCGGCUUGGAGGAUGGCUUGAACCCCCCGACUCUGGGCUAUGAAAGACUCUUGGAGGAGAGCCCAGAGCUGCUGGAGAAACAGGGCAGCCUCUACAUCAGCAGUGCCAACGACAUGAAGAACCUGGACCUCGCUCCAGACGCACAGAGCAUCCAGUUUGUGGCGAACUCUGUUUACGCAAACAUAGGUGACGUGAAGAACUUCGAGGCUGCCGAGGGGAUAGAGGAGCCCCUGCUCCAUGACAUCUGUUAUGCAGAGAAUCCCGACGACGCCGAGGAUGAGGAUGAGGUGAGCUGUGAGGAGGACCUUGUGGUGGGCGAGGUGAACCAGUCUGCCAUCCUCAGCCUAUCUGGGUCAAGCGAUGACAUCAUUGACCUCACGUCCCUGCCCCCUCCAGAAGGGAAUGAUACCGAGGAUGACUUCCUGCUGCGUUCCUUGAACAUGGCCAUUGCUGCACCCCCACCUGGCUUUAGAGAUAGCUCAGACGAGGAGGACUCUCAGAGCCAGGCCGCCUCCUUCCGCGAGGACAAGGAGGCAGGGAACAGCGUGCAAAAUGACGAGAUCCCCGUGUCCCUCAUUGAUGCUGUGCCCACCAGCGCUGAGGGCCAAUGUGACAAGAGCUUGGACACCACUGGUGUUGCCACGCUGGAAGCUCUAGAAGCUCUCUCUGUGUCAGAAGAGCAGCAGACCAGUGACAAUUCAGGUGUAGCCAUCUUGCGGGCCUAUAGUCCCGAGUCUUCAUCAGACUCAGGCAAUGAAACAAACUCUUCUGAAAUGACUGAGAGUUCUGAACUGGCCACCGCACAGAAGCAGUCAGAAAACCUCUCCCGCAUGUUCUUGGCCACCCACGAAGGCUACCACCCCCUUGCAGAAGAGCAGACAGAGUUCCCCACCUCCAAAGCUCCUGCUGGGGGCUUACCUCCAAAGUCCCACGCCCUGGCCACCCGUCCAGUGACUGACCUUCCGCCCAAAGUUGUGCCUUCCAAGCAGAUACUUCACUCAGACCACAUGGAGAUGGAGCCUGAAACCAUGGAGACCAAGUCAGUCACUGACUACUUUAGCAAACUGCACAUGGGGUCAGUGGCGUAUUCCUGCACCAGCAAGAGGAAAAGCAAGCUGGCUGAUGGGGAGGGCAAAGUGCCCCCAGGUGGGAACUUACCUGGGAAAAAACAGCAAGGGACCAAAACAGCUGAGGUGGAGGAAGGCACCAAAGGGAAAUGUGGAACUAUGUCUUCAAGGGACAGUCAACACCUAAGCACUUUCAACCUGGAAAGAACUGCCUUUCGUAAGGACAGCCAAAGAUGGUAUGUGGCCACUGAGGGGGCAGUGGCUGAAAAAAGUGGACUGGAAGCGUCGACAGGGAUAACCUUCCCAAGAGCUUCCGGUCAUGGUACAAGAGAGGCCGAAGGGAAGGAGGAAGAGGCUCCUGGUGGAGAAACCAGUGAGGUUUCAGGACUUGGCCAACGCGACCACUUCUUAACUGACGUGACCUGUGUGUCUUCAGCCAAAGACUUAGGUAACCCAGAAGACGCUGACCCAUCUCCCUGUGACCAUCCUUCCAAGGUUCCGGAGGUGGAAGAGGGUGUGGCCCGCCUAUGUGACUACCACCUGGCCAAGCGCAUGUCGUCACUACAAAGUGAGGGCCAUUUUUCUCUACAGAGCUCUCAGGGCUCUUCGGUAGAUGCAGGCUGUGGCACAGGCAGCAGCAGCAGUACCUGUGCCACCCCUGUGGAGUCCCCACUUUGCCCCUCCAUGGGGAAGCACCUGAUUCCUGAGACUUCCGGGCCAGGCGGAAGUUACAUUCCUUCAGAUGAGAGAGCCAUUGGGCUUCCUAACCACGGAACAACCUUUAAAGAAUUGCACCCACACACAGAAGGGAUGUGUCCUCGGAUGACAGUGCCUGCUCUGCACUCAGCCAUUAAUACCGAACCCAUGUUUGGCACUUUGAGAGAUGGAUGUCAUCGACUCCCCAAGAUUAAGGAAACCACAGUGUAGCUUUGACAGAGCCUGGGAAGGAGAGACAAGGAGGCAUGCCUACAGCUUGGUCUCAACAUCCUGAAGCUGAUCUCAUCCUGCUACCAUCAAACAUUCACUUGGAAUCCAAGGUGCCAAUUCCAAACCCAGACCCUAAUAAUUUUCCCCAAGCAAAUCAGGCAUACAGAGAGGUUGUGAGCUGGCGGUCACUGGGCCGGAGAAGGGGAAGCCUCCAGACUCCUCCCCCCAGCCAGAGGUUUCUGAGACAUAGUGCCAGUAACCUCUCGGGAUCCGUAAGUUUGGAGACCUUCCAAGAGAGAACCAAGGGUGCAGUCAGCUUGAAGUGCCCAGGUAUCACAGAAGCACAGGAGGCCAGUUCAGAAAAGCAAGCAGAACUCCCUCUGGGGAAGAAACUCACCAAAAGUUUUUCCCAAAGCUCCGUGCACUUUAGCUCUGAGGAGAAGGUUCACAGAAGGUCCCCCAUAGCUCCCAAAGACUCAAAGCUGUAUAGGACAUUACCCUUACGGAAGCUGGAGAGCAGCAGUUGGAGAUGCCGGGGACCUUUCAGCUAUUGCUUCCUGAACCGAGGGCAGGAUGAAGAUGCUGAUGAGGAUGAAGAGGGUGAGGAGGCCACCCAUGGGAUCUCUUGCCUUUACCGACCACAGAUGAAUGAGCUCAUGCCAGGACCAGCCAGGCCAGAAGGGGAGCUGUCCAGAGGUUCAGUGCUGAAGGCAUGGGGAGAAGAUCUGAGUGGCUCAGAUGACGUGGACUUCAGCACCCUGGCUUUCGAUGCCCGGAUUGCAAGAAUAAAUGCCCUGAAGGAGAGCACAUAUGUAAUGCCUGAUGGGUUCCUUGCAGCCCAGAAUGAUGCUGAUGAGCUGCUUUGCCUUGUCAGGGCAACCAAGGGGUGGAAAGAGGAAUCACGCCCUGAAGCAUAUGGCCUUACGCUGUCUCAGUACAAGCAGCUGUUAGCCAUUGAGUCCAGACAAUUGGGAAGUGCCUGUAGGAAAAUGGCGAUGGCUGAGAAAAGCCCAGAGGAGAUGCUCCUAGCUAUGACUUCCAGCUUUCAAGUGCUCUGUUGUCUUACAGAAGCUUGCAUGCGAUUAGUUAAAGUUGUGAACUCAGAAACACAGCGGCAGGAAAUUGUAGUGAAGAUCGACGAAGUGGUCAUAAACUACAUUUGUCUCUUGAAAGCUGCGGAGGCAGCCACUGGGAAAACCACUGGGGACCCCUAUUCUGGACUCUCGGCACGACACUCAACCACCAUGGCCGCUCUUGUAAGCACACUGACACGUUCUCUCAAGAUGCUUUUAAGUAAAUAAAGUAUGAAAGUCACGUCAUAGUCUACCUUUGCAAAGCCAUACAUGAACUUUGAUUUACCUUACGUGUACGAUGAACAGAUGUCUCCUUUCUUCUCUCUGGAUAUUUUGUUAUUUUAUAUAAGAGAUAAAA